CCCUUCCUUGCUCCUCUGGUGCAUGUCCUUUCACAGUUCAACCGCUGCAUUACUUCCCAGCUCAUCAAGUGGUUCAGCAACUUCCGUGAGUUUUACUACAUCCAGAUGGAGAAGUUUGCCCGACAGGCUAUCUUGGAGGAAGUCACAGAUUCCAAACACCUGAUGGUUUCUCGGGACUCUGAGCUCUUCAGCACCCUCAACAUGCACUAUAACAAGGGGAAUGACUUUGAGGUCCCGGAUCGCUUCCUGGAGGUUGCUAGCAUGACCUUGCGGGAGUUCUUUAGUGCUGUCAGGGCAGGGAAGGACUCUGACCCCUCCUGGAAAAAACCCAUUUACAAAAUAAUUUCAAAACUGGACAGUGACAUCCCAGAUAUGUUUAAAUCUUCCCGCUGCCUCCAAGAACUACUCCAGAGUUAAAUCUGCAAGGGAAGUGGCUUAAGACUAUGUUAUGCUGCAGUU